AUAGUUUGGAAGUCCAAUAAAAUAUGGAGAAUUAGAUUGUAAAUUAGUAUGUGUAAUUAUGUAGAUCGAUGAUGCGGAGAGAGAUUAAAUUAUCAAGCAAUUGAAACUAGUUUAAGGAAACGAUGUAAAUAAUUCAUUUUAAUCUUCUAAUAGAAAUGUAUCGAUUGUGGAAAAAAAAAUACCAAAUGGGCAUCUGUCACUUUGGGUUUAUUCUUGUGUAUUGAUUGUUCUGGUAAACAUAGAGAAUACGGAGUGCGUUAUACAUUUGCAAGGUUGGAAAUUAACUUAAGUUUAGAUCUCUUACUUUGGAUUCCUGGUCAAGAAAAUAAAUUACAUUCCUUCAAGUAGGAGGUAAUGAAAAGGCCUUGGAGUAUUUCUAAAGCGUUGGAUUGAUUGGUCCAGGAUGCAGUCAAAUCGAUUACAAAAGUCCUCUAGUUGAAAAAUACAAAUAAGAACUUCUUAAACAAGUACUUUAAUUAGUUGUAUUAGCCUUGUGCGAAGAAAAGCUGAACAUAACUCGUCCAUCACUCAUACCAAGUCCUGUGAAAAUAGCUCAAACCUCUGAAAAGCCUACUUAAAACAAAGAAGAAGAAUCUCCAGUAAAAGAGUAACCAAAGCAAGUGUUUUAAAACAAUUUGUUAUAAGAAGAAGCAACUGUGACUAAGAAAAGCAAUAAAAUUGUAUUUGCUGAUAACGCGAAACCUUAAGCUGCAUCUGGCAAAGCCGUCUAAGGCAAGAAAUUAGCUCACGUGGACUUUGACUCAUUAGAAUUUGACGAUCCAUUUUCAAAUCCAUUCAGUUAGGACCCUUUAAAAUUUGAGUCCAAUAAAUCAGAAUUACCAUAAUAAGAAGAGCCCAAAGUGAUUAUGAAACAAACUCAAUAAGCCACUUAGCCUAGCCCACAAACCAAUGAAACUUUAGAAAAAUUGAAAGACAAGAAUGUCAAAUCAAUAUCAUCUGAAACUUUAUUCUAAUCUUAAGAUAGGUAAUUAAGUAUCAAUUAUCUUUUAGUGAAUAAAAUAAAUAGAAUAUUUAUAAAUUCAAUGGACAAACAGCUAUUUCGAGUAAGUAAUUUUUUGGAGAAAAAGAAGAGGAGUCUGAAGAUUCGUCAUAAAGUAAAUUUAUUCCGUAUUGUAGAAAUGGAUUAAUUGAAGAAUAUGUUUAAUUUUGCAACUGAAAAAACAAUGGAAACAUUUGGUACUGUAAAAGAAAAAGCAGGAGGUAUUUGGGAGAAUUUAAAAACAAGAUUCAAUAAACCAUGAUAUGAUAUCAAUCAAUAUUCAUAUUUUAAUAUAUUCAAUUAAAGGAGC